AUGUCGACCUUUCAUGUCAGAUCAGGAAAGGGACCAAAAGGCGAUGUUUUUUCCGUCUCGAAAACAUGGCUGUCGGUAAAGUUGUGUUUCAUCGUUCUCUUAAUCCAAGCCGUGACUUUACCAGCCGCUGCUGCGCAAAAUAUCACAGGCCUGCAGUUGCAUAUCCGUGAACAAGAUGUGGUGAUGGAUAAUGGGAUUCUCCAAGUGACGUUGUCAAAACCAGCGGGGAUGGUCACCGGAAUUCAAUAUAACGGCGUCGACAAUUUGCUUGAAAUUCUUAAUGAAGAUUCCGAUAGAGGGUAUUGGGACCUGGUUUGGGAUGCGCCAGAAAUUAAAAGAAAAAAAGGCGAAUUUGAUAGGAUGGAAACAACCAAUUUUACAGUGAUUGUGGAAACUGAGAACCAGAUAGAGCUUUCAUUCACCAGAAUGUGGGAUCCCUCUCUAGAAGGAAAGUUUGUGCCUCUAAAUAUUGACAAAAGGUUUGUUAUGCUUCGCAACUCCUCAGGCUUCUAUACGUACGGUAUCUAUGAACACUUGAAGGAUUGGCCUGCUUUCAACUUGACCAAUACCAGGGUCGUGUUUAAGCUCAGAAAAGACAAGUUUCAUUACAUGGCAAUGUCAGAUAAUAGGCAAAGAUACAUGCCACUUCCUGAUGAUCGGACGGCAGAGAGAGGCCAACCCCUAGCUUACCCAGAGGCUGUCUUGCUUGUCAAUCCUGUGGAGCCAGAGUUUAAAGGAGAAGUGGAUGAUAAGUAUCAAUAUUCAAUUGAGAACAAGAACAAUCGGGUGCAUGGAUGGAUAUCCACGGUCACUGACCCACCCAUGGGAUUCUGGCAGAUUACUCCUAGCGAAGAGUUCAAAUCUGGUGGGCCUCUCAAACAGUGCCUUACUUCCCAUGUUGGGCCCAUCACCCUUGCUAUAUUUCACAGCACCCAUUACUCAGGAGCGGAUUUGAUAUUACAAUUUGGGCCGAAUGAGCCAUGGAAGAAGGUUUUCGGCCCCGUUUUUAUCCAUCUUAAUUCUUUGGUGAAUGGAGAUGACCCACUUAAGCGGCUAUGGGAAGACGCUAAACAGCAGAUGGAAGUUGAAGUUCAAAGCUGGCCAUAUGAUUUUCCAGCUUCCAAGGACUUUCUGCCGUUGGAUCAACGAGGUAGUGUGAGCGGCAGAUUACUAGUCCAUGACAGGUAUAUUAGUGAUGAAGACUUACCCGGAAAUGGUACCCUGGUGGGGUUGGCAGCUCCAGGAGAUGUUGGAUCAUGGCAAUUUGAAUGCAAGGGAUAUCAAUUUUGGACUAAAGCAGACGAGAAAGGCUGCUUCUCUAUAAUUGGAAUCCGUCCAGGCACCUAUAAUCUUUUUGCCUAUGUUCCUGGUUUAAUUGGUGAUUAUCGAUAUGACGCUGAAGUAACCAUAUCUCCAGGUUGUGAUAAAGAUGUGGGUACACUUGUUUAUGAACCUCCAAGAAGUGGGCCAACUCUAUGGGAAAUAGGCAUUCCAGAUCGAACUGCAGCAGAAUUCUUUGUUCCUGAUCCUAAUCCAAAGUACAUUAACAAGCUCUAUCUCAACCACACUGACAGGUUUAGGCAAUAUGGAUUGUGGGAAAGAUAUGCAGAUUUAUAUCCUCACAACGACAUGGUUUACACCGUGGGCGUUAGCGAUUAUAGAAAAGAUUUCUUCUUUGCUCAGGUUACCAGGAAGACAGAUAAUAACACAUACCAAGGAUCAACAUGGCAGAUUAAGUUCAAACUUGACAUUGUGGACAAGAACAAUACCUACAAACUACGAAUAGCACUAGCCACAGCACAUGUUUCUGACUUACAAGUUCGGAUCAAUGACCUCCGACCAAGCAAUCCUCAUUUUUCAACGGGACUGAUUGGAAACGAUAACACCAUCGCAAGGCAUGGAAUUCAUGGGCUGUAUAGGCUGUACAAUGUCGACGUUCCUGGUGUUCAGCUGGUGGAAGGGAACAAUACCAUUUUUCUAACUCGAACAUGGAGUACAAGUCCUUUCCAAGGAAUUAUGUAUGACUAUAUUCGUUUAGAAGGUCCCCCAUCUUCUAAGGGCAACAAUCUUGGAUUCAGUUCCAAGUAA